GAUAAUUUGAUAAACUGUGUGUGUGUGUACUCGCGUCGACGACACGCAUGGAAUGACAAAAAGAGUUUGAAAAUAAAUUUUAUACUUAAAAUUGUGACUUAGAUCUUAUGUUGGUACUCAUCAAUAAUUUAAGGCACUAUGGCACUGCCCCAGAAAAAGUAUUAUAGGCAACGUGCACAUUCUAACCCAAUUGCAGAUCAUUGUUUUGAUUACCCUACUCAUCCAGACGAUUAUGACUGGUCAGUUUUGUAUCCUAUGAUAAAAAAAGAUGCGAGUAAAGAUAAACAAGUGGACUUUUUGGAUGUUGGCUGUGGGUAUGGAGGUCUCCUAGUAACUCUAUCACCAAUGUUUCCUGAAAACUUAUUACUGGGGCUGGAGAUUCGUGUCAAAGUUUCUGAUUAUGUCAAUGACAGAAUUCAGGCACUGCGUACACAGCAUACAGACCAGUACCAAAAUGUUGCUGUAUUGAGAACAAAUGCAAUGAAAUAUUUACCUAACUUCUUCCACAAGGGACAGCUCAAAAAGAUGUUCUUCCUAUAUCCAGACCCCCAUUUCAAGAAGGCUAAACAUAAAUGGAGGAUUAUCAACAAAUGGUUGUUGUCUGAAUAUGCAUAUGUUUUGGCUGAACAGGGUAUAGUUUAUACUAUUACUGAUGUGAAGGGUUUGAAUGAAUGGAUGGUAUUACAUUUUGAGGAGCAUCCACUAUUUGAAAGAAUUCCAGAUGAAGAAUUGAAAUCUGAUCCAAUUGUUGAGAAAUUAUAUGAAAGUACAGAAGAAGGUAAAAAAGUGACUAGAAACAAUGGUGAUAAAUUUGUUGCAGUAUUUAGAAGAAUAUCUGAUAAAACUGAAUAAAAUGUAAAAUACUUUUUUUAAUUAUAAAA